UUAAUCAGCAGUCUUGUGUGCGUUCUCACUACUUUUUUAUUGACAUAUCUGAGCAACCAAUAAUGGGAGAGGGGGGUGUGUUUGAAGAGCCGCGUUACAUUUUUACUGUCCGGUUAUAUGUGCAUGCAGGCAUGGUGGAAGGCGAUGUGUCACGUAGUAGUAGCUAGUUACUGGACAUUUGGUAAAUUAUUCAUGCGAUUUUGGAAUCGUUUAUCAUUUCACCAUUGACAAUUGAAUUGUUAUCUAUUCAUGCCCAGGAAGCGCUGCUAGGCAGGGCGUCCGCCCCCAGGAACAUUACCGUCUGCCCCCUGCCCCCCCCCCCCAGUGCCAUGGCAACAGAGCAGGAAGUGGAGCUGUCGGAAGAUAGUCUUUCUCAGGAGAAUGGCAUCUGGUCCACACACUUACAGAAUGAUGAAACUCCGCCCCCAGGCCACUCAGAAUCUCCAAAUCAGCUCUUCUCCACCUACUUUGAGGAGAAGGUCCCCAUUCCAGAGGAGAGCAGUGGGACGGGGUUCAGUUUUCGGAAGCUGUGGGCGUUCACCGGACCCGGGUUCCUGAUGAGCAUCGCCUAUCUGGACCCGGGGAACAUCGAGUCGGACCUGCAGUCCGGGGCCAAGGCCGAGUUCAAGCUCCUGUGGGUGCUCCUGGUGUCCACCGUCAUCGGGCUCCUGCUGCAGCGGCUGGCGGCCCGGCUGGGCGUGGUCACGGCCAUGCACCUGGCCGAGAUGUGCAAUCGGCAGUACCGCGCCGUGCCGCGCAUAAUCCUGUGGCUGAUGGUGGAGCUGGCCAUCAUUGGCUCCGACAUGCAGGAGGUCAUCGGCUGCGCCAUCGCCUUCAGCCUCCUCUCCGCUGGCAGGAUCCCGCUGUGGGGAGGCGUCCUCAUCACCAUCAUCGAUACCUUCGUCUUCCUGUUCCUGGACAAGUACGGUCUCAGGAAGCUGGAGGCCUUUUUCGGUUUUCUCAUCACAAUCAUGGCCAUCACCUUUGGAUAUGAGUACGUGACGGUGAGGCCGGACCAGGGGAAGCUGCUGACGGGCAUGUUCGUGCCGUACUGCCAGGGCUGCGGCCCCGUGCAGCUGCAGCAGGCCGUGGGCGUCGUGGGCGCCGUCAUCAUGCCGCACAACAUCUACCUGCACUCUGCGCUCGUCAAGUCCCGGGAGAUCGACCGCUCCUGCAAGGAGAAGGUGAAGGAGGCCAACAAGUACUUCUUCAUCGAGUCGGCCAUCGCCCUGUUCCUCUCCUUCCUCAUCAACGUCUUCGUGGUGGCCGUGUUUGCCGAGGCCAUCUUCGGACGCAGGAAUUCUGAAGUGAACGAAAUCUGCAACCAGACGGGCGGUCUGCACAUGGACCUGUUCCCCCAGAAUAACGAGACGCUGCAGGUGGACAUCUACAAAGGGGGCUUGGUGCUGGGCUGUUUCUUCGGGCCGGCGGCGCUGUACAUUUGGGCGGUGGGGAUCCUGGCGGCGGGGCAGAGCUCCACCAUGACGGGGACGUACUCGGGGCAGUUUGUGAUGGAGGGUUUUCUGAAUCUGCGCUGGUCCCGUUUCGCCAGAGUGCUGCUCACCCGCUCCAUCGCCAUCACCCCCACCCUGCUGGUGGCCAUCUUUCAGGAUGUACAGCACCUGACCGGGAUGAAUGACUUCCUCAACGUGCUGCAGAGCAUGCAGUUGCCUUUUGCUUUGAUCCCGAUCCUGACGUUCACCAGCCUGCCCUCCGUGAUGGGUGAAUUCGCCAACGGCCUAGUGUGGAAGAUCGGGGGCGGCGUGGUCGUCCUGGUGGUCUGCGCCAUCAACAUGUACUUUGUGGUGGUGUACGUCUCCGCGCUGGACAGCGCGUGGCUGUACGUGCUGGCCGCCUUCCUCUCCGUCGCCUACCUGGGCUUCGUGGGCUACCUGGCCUGGCUGUGUCUGAUUGCCCUGGGUGUUUCCUGUGUGGACAUCAGUGGCAGGGUGUGUUGGGGUCUGGGGAGACACACGGAAACGCACCUGCUGAACGACAUGGAUGGCAGCGGGCCUGCGGAAAGGUAGAAGGAAGUCUGGGGCAGCGAAGGAGAGAAGAAAAGAAGGGAGGAAGAGACGAGAAGAAAGCUCUCCGUCAUGCUGCUCUACUUGAUUGUACCUUUAUCACCAAGCGUACGCAGCCUCUGUCAUUAUACCCUUUCCCACUGUAGAGCUGAACCAGGCUGGCUCAUUAUAGCCCUUUCCCACUGUAGAGCUAAACCAGGCUGGCUCAUUUUACCCUUUCCCACUGUAGAGCUAAACCAGGCUGGCUCAUUUUACCCUUUCCCACUGUAGAGCUAAACCAGGCUGGCUCAUUUUACCCUUUCCCACUGUAGAGCUAAACCAGGCCGGCUCAUUAUACCCCUUUCCCACUGUAGAGCUGAACCAGGCUGGCUCAUUAUAGCCCUUUCCCACUGUAGAGCUGAACCAGGCCGGCUCAUUAUACCCCUUUCCCACUGUAGAGCUGAACCAGGCUGGCUCAUUAUAGCCCUUUCCCACUGUAGAGCUGAACCAGGCUGGCUCAUUAUAGCCCUUUCCCACUGUAGAGCUGAACCAGGCCGGCUCAUUAUACCCCUUUCCCACUGUAGAGCUGAACCAGGCUGGCUCAUUAUAGCCCUUUCCCACUGUAGAGCUGAACCAGGCCGGCUCAUUAUAGCCCUUUCUCACUGUAGAGCUUCUGAAGGUCCUUACACCUGUUACCGUGAUGAUACCUCACAAGGACAUGAAAAAACGCUCUUACAUUUUUAAUAACAUUUUUACUGUUUCACUACUGCACAGAGACUUAUGUGACAGACCCUAUGCAGUGUGAUAAUACGUGCGAGUACUGAAGGUGAUAAUUAUCUGCUGCUCUACACUGCCCCGUGUGGCAGGGCUAGUAGUGCUUCUCUGUGAAAGCUGAUUUACUCAUGAAGCAUGAAUUCACUGGACUGGCUAUCGCAUAGACGUCAGACUAUUCUGCGAUAGGACUUAUGCUGCUGCCUUCUGUGGGUUUCAAACCCCCACAAGAGUACAGUAAGAACCUCUGCAACUGUACGGACUACAUUCCUCACUGUGAACAAUUUUAACUCAUUUGGAAAAAGAUGCAGUCUCCUAUGGGGGGUAACAUCAUUGUCCAUAGUGGGCCAGUGUACACAUUUUGUUCCUACUUCCAAAUCAGCGUGUUUUGGUUCACUGGUCCUGCAGGCAGGAACUUCACCCGACCCCUUGUCGAUCACGCCCCUCCACAUCCGUCACCCUGACGAUGAGCACCGAUAACCCAGACCCCCGAAGCGUAGCUCAGUGCGACAGAUGGCCAUAUAGAUGGUGUGCACAGCAAGUCCUCGCUCUUCGGCCUCACCCAGUUCCAUAUAUAGCGGAAGUGACAUCACAUGAAAUCAGCCAAUAAGCACCAUGGCUCAUUCAGGCCAUUUUCACUCACUCCGUAAACAUGGUAUAAUUAACACUUUCAGCUCUGGUCACCUGCUGCUCCUUCUCACUCUGCAGCCCCCCAGCUGAGCUGCGCAGUCACUCUUCAGCCCCCCAAGCUGAGCUGCGCAGUCACUCUGCAGCCCCCCAAGCUGAGCUGCGCAGUCACUCUGCAGUCAGGAUUCAAUAUCAAAGCACAGGGCUGUGACCCCACCGAUGGGAGGCUCAGCCCUUUAAGACACUGUUCUAGUGCAUGGCUGGGUUCCAUGGUCUGUUAUCUGUUAAGGCCCUGUUCUAGUGCAUGGAUGGGCCCCACAGUUCGGUAUCUAUUAAGGCUCUAUUCUAGUGCAUGGAUGAGCCCCAAGUCCAAUAUUAGUUAAGGCACAGUUCUAGUGCAUGGAUGGGCCCCACAGUCUGGUAUUUAUUAAGGCUCUAUUCUAGUGCAUGGAUGGGCCCCACAGUCUAGUAUUAGUUAAGGUUCUGUUCGAGGGCGUGGAUGGGCCCCACAGUCUGGUAUUUAUUAAGGCUCUAUUCUAGUGCAUAGAUGGGCCCUCUGUUCUGAUAUUGAAUCUGAAUGGUACCAGUGCUGUCUGUAGCUGGAAGCCCCAGCGGGUGAUGUUUAAUUGGCCCUAGUGUCACCCAGGAUGGGGGGGUUUCAGCGUCUCAUCGCGCGCUGUCGCCCCCUGCUGGUCGACCGGGUGUCUGUGUCCCUCGUGCCUUCAUUACUGUGGAUUUACAUAAAUCACAUCUUUAUCACAAAAAAUGAAUGACACGUUCAUUGAUAAAUGUGAUCUAGGAGAAGUAAAUGACAACCAUAAGCCAUGUAUAGUUUAUAUAUCAUUUGGAACUGAGAUAAAGAUAAUCUAUAAUGAGUAUUUUUGCGUAAAUUUAAUUUCUCUAUUGCUUUAAAAUCCCAACAAGGUUCUGGGUAAUAUUUUACCCAGGCUAACCGUUUCACGGGGGCUAAUAAGUCAACAGAACACAAGGGUUAGUAAUCCUAUAGAGAACAGGCUUGGGGACAUUAACUGUGUCUAAAAAACGAGGCCGUUGUUAAAUAAAGCCUGGCAGGGCACAUUAACAUGGCCGUGUGUUUUCAGAGUCUGCUUGGCCUUCGUUAAUGAGCUGUGAUCAUUUAGUUAAAAAGGUAAGGCCUUAAGUUUCAUAGUGGUACAAUACAAGGUAUUUAUGAGCAACCUUUCCCCCCAAAAGAACAACCAAUGAAAUGAAAAUGUAUUUUUGCAGCAGAAAUGUGUGUGUGUGUGUGUGUGUGUGAUGUUAAGGACCUAUGACUAUGAAAGUUAGCGAAGUACUAUAAAUGUAUUGUAUGACUAAUCCAUUAAUUCCUUAUAGUUUUUAUGAAUGGUGUAAUUUGUUCCGAUGUACCUCUGCAGAAAAUGUGUGUGUUUAUUUGUGAACACAAUGCAUUUUAUACUAGUUUGAUUCUUUAUUACAUUAAACAAUGACAAAGGUAACAUGACCUUUAGUCUGGGGUUCUACCUCACCCUGGGGUGAGUGCGCUGGUGUGGAGUGUCUGUAUGAACCUUUGAACUGUGCAGUAAUUUUACACUGACUCAUAUUUUUGUCAUAAUUGUAAAAGGAAGGAGUUCUUUCUUGUUUUACAACAACAAUGUUAGGUCUUUUUUUACACCAUAGACAAUUUAUUUAAAAAAUGUUUUAAAAAAUGAAUGGAGAAAUUGAAAUGCAAUCAGUCUGUAUUAAAUGAGAAAAUCAAACUUUAUUCCUCUCCUCAGGUUCUUGUUCUUUAGUUUAGUUUCAUUUGAAGGAUAAAAUAAAGAUUAAGAAGCAA